GCGUAGACGUAUGCGGAAAUAAUAUUUCAUCUUGCUGCUCUGAACCAGUGAUUUGGAAACUGAACACAUAUAGAAUUAUUUGAGAAGUGUUAGCCAGUAGUUGUCCCGCUACUUAUUAGCAGAGAUGAAGGUGCUGACUUUGCUCCAGCCUCAUGGGGCCCAGGACCAGCAGGCUGCAUCAGGGGGGCUCUACUCUAACUACCUUGGCCAGAGCAUGGAGAACAGAUGCCUGAUCCAUGCAUCUGUGCUGCCUCAGGGAUUCUCUGGACCAGUAUCCCAGCCCUCCUCCUGCCCCUCUCUCCAGCCCUCCAGGCUCACCUCCACCACCUCCUCCCUCCUCUCCACUACCACCUCCUCCCUCACUUCUCCCUGUCUUACCUCCCCCCUCCUCACCUCUCCACUCCUCAGCACAGAGAACAAAUUCCUAAAGAAGGAUUCACUACUCUUCCCUCAUUCCCUCUCUCUCCCCUCUCCCUCCCCCCUCACCCCUCUGUUCUCUUCAACCCUGGCACCCUCUACUCGUGUCCUGCCUCCUACCUGUUUUCUCCCCCCUCCGGUUCUGAAUGUAGAAGAGCGGAUGGGGGGAGAAGGAAGAAUUAGGCAGCCUGCCUCUGAGGAUGUGCUGUCCUCCUAUGAAGAGAUGACUGUGGAUUCUGACCAGGACAGCCUCAUGGCUGAGGAGACUGAGGAAUCCACAGAGAUGCCUGUCCUGGACAUGGUAUUGGAUGAAGAGAAGUUGGACCAAACCAUGCCAUUUGGGGAACAGGAGUUUGGUGAGAUGGAGAGGGGGAAAGAUGAACUGGAGGAAGAACUGAAAGACAAAAAGUACCUUCUGCUGAACGAGGUGUGCUGUUCUCUGGUGAAUAAGAGCACUGCUCCCGGUCAGAAGGACUGGGAUGUAGAGGAAAGUGUCUGGAAAAGGAUCCAGAACUUGUCCAAAGCCAUCUCUAACGACGAUCCCCAGUUUCUCCUCAAGGUUGCAGUUUACACCAGACAGGAGUUGAACAUCCGUAUCACAGCUAACUUCCUUUUGGCUCUUGCUGCCCAUCUGCCCACCACUAAGCCACACGUGCGUAGGUACUUCUGUGCAGCUGUGCAGCUACCCUCUGAUUGGCUGGAAGUGGUGAGACUCUACAGCACGUGUUUUGGCCACUCUUUACCCACCUGUCUGAAGAAAGCCCUGGGAGACAAGUUCAAGCAGUUCAACGAGUAUCAGCUGGCCAAAUACAACACACGCAAACAUCGCUGCAAACACAGUUGCUCUAGACCCAAAGGCAAGAAACCAUCCACUCAGCAGUUGGAAAAAUGGGCCAACAUGCUUGGAAGUGAUGCCACCAAUCUGCAGAAAUAUUUGAAAAUGAAGGAGAGACCAGUGGUGGAUAAGAAGCAGAGUGAGUUCAGUCUGAAGAAGAUGAUUAAGAGGCUCCACAUCAAAGAGCCUGCUCAGCAUGUCCUGGCCAUACUGGGAAAGCGGUACCCUGGUGACCCCAAGGCGUUCUCCCGCAGUGGGCUCAGUGGGGUGUGGGACAGGGAGCGGGCAGGGCAGCGCAUGAAGCUCAAACAGCCAGACACAUGGGAACGCAAACUCAGCCAAGAGGGAAACAAAGCCUCCACCUGGGAGAAACUGAUAGACAGUAACUCUCUGCCCUUCAUGGCAAUGCUGAGGAACUUGAGGAAUAUGAUAACCCAGGGCAUCAGUCAGCGGCAUCAUCAGAAGAUUCUGGGAAGACUGACCUUCAGGAAAGCAGUGAUUCAGAGCAGACAGUUUCCCUUCCGUUUCCUCUCCGCCUAUAAGGUCAUAAUGGAGCUCAACAACAUGGCCCGUGCAUCAGCGAACGCGGUCUCCAGCUCUAAGGAGAUCCUCAGGGGCAUUCUGAAGAAGAUGCCUAAGAGCAAGCGCCUCAGUAGUCUGGAUUGGGAGACGGCUGGGCAGAAGAGGCUGAGGGUGGCGUUAGGUGUGCCCUUUGUCUACCGCAUCUACAACAUGAAGAAGAGUCAGUUGAAGAAAGCCAGCCAGAGACUGUAUUCGCAGGCCCUUCUGGAGCAGUACCGCAAGGCUCUGGAAACAGCAGUGCAGAUCUCGUGCCGUUACAACGUGCCACCCCUCCCUGGUCGCACCGUGAUCUUGUUCGCUGGUAACAUGGGUGAGGACGACACCUGGAGCGCCACUCAGGACUUCUGCUGCCCGCCUGACGUAGAGGCAGAGAAAUUAGAUGAAGCUAAGGAAGAGAAACUCACACCCUCUAUGCAGGAGGUGGCAGUGUUACUGUCACUGAUGAUAGCCCACAGCGCUGAGCAUCCCCAGCUGAUCCACUUUUGCUUGUGGGGUUGUGCAGAAGUAGAGCUCAAGUCGGACGUGCUGUUGGAUAAUGUCAGGCAUGUGAUGAAGCAGGUAGAGGAGGCUCAAAAUGCCUAUGACAAGCAUGAAACAUUCUCUUCUUUCAUGACCAGAGAGAUGACGCAGAAAAACAAGGUGGACAAUAUCAUCGUGCUGGGGGAUCGUUACUUGGAUAAUAACAUGGACAUAGCGCUUGACCGAUACAGGAAGGAUGUGAACAACAACGCCCUCAUAGUGAAAAUCUUCUUUGGGAAAGGGACGAUAGACCAAUCCACAGACAGGAACUGUGUGGUACUCCAAGGCUUCAGCGAGCAGAUCCUCAGGUUUGUGGCUGAAAGAGGCUCGUCUAGACUGCUGGAUCACGUGGAGCACAUAGACAAGCUGCAUCACAUUAUCCCGCCACAGGGGGGUGCUAAAGAGGCUGAGCGAGAAGCUGCCGUCACCCCACUUCCUGCCACUCCAAAGCUGAGAUGGCAAGGCGUGCGUGUGUUUGUCUCCUCCACGUUCAGAGAUAUGCACGCUGAGAGAGAUGUUCUGGUGCGCAGUGUUUUCCCUGAGCUCCGGCGUCGUGCGGCGCCACACUGCCUCUACCUGCAGGAGGUGGAACUGCGCUGGGGGGUGACCGAGGAGGAGACUGGGCGUGUCGUGGAGCUCUGCCUCUCAGAGGUGUGCCGUAGCCAACUGCUGCUAGGCAUUCUGGGAGAGCGAUAUGGACUGCUGCCUCCCCGUCCAUCCCUACCAGACCUUCCACAAUACAGCUGGCUGGAUUCUGCUCCAUCAGGGUUGUCCAUCACCGAGAUGGAGAUUCGACAGUUCCAGGCCCUUCAUCCAGACACAGCUCAGAAUCGCAUGUUUUGCUACUUCAGGACACCCCAUCUGUCUAGGUCUGUUCCUGUGGCGUGGAGGUCAGACUUUGCUCCUGAGUCCAAGGAGGCUGAAUGUAAGAUGGCUGACCUGAAAAGAAGAAUAGUGGAUAGUGAAGCGAAAGUCACAGAAAAUUACCCCUGUGAGUGGGGUGGUGUUGUGGAUGGGAAGCCCUAUGUGAAAGGCCUGGAGGAGUUUGGGAAGGUGGUGCUGGAGGACCUUUGGGGGGCACUGUUGAAGCAGUUUGUGGAGAAAACGGAUGAAAGUGAUUCCAGGUCAGAUCUGUCAYAGCAAGAAGUGCACCAGGGCGCCUUGCAGCGGCAGUUCUUUGGCCGUGCCAAGCUGCUCUCUGGGGCGGUGGGGAAGGUGCAGGAGGCUCAGCUCAAAGGAGGAAUGGUGCUGCUGGAGGGAGCUCCAGGAGAGGGCAAGACUGUCUUCAUGGCUGCUCUGGCGAACGCCCUAAGAACUCCUACCAAGUCCCAGAAAACCCCUAGAGGUGAUGUCAUCUCCUACUCCACUGCUGCUACCCAAUCAGCAUGCACUGUGGAAAAUCUUCUACGCUGCCUUGUACAGUGGUUAUGGAGAGGCAAUGAAAAAGAAGACUUGCCUCUCCCUUCCUCUUAUAAAGAUCUGCUGACAGAAUUCCACUCCCAGUUGAGUGACACCAGGAAGGACCAAUCACUGGCCCUGCUAGUUGAUGGGGCAGAGCAUGUGCAGGAUGGUACAGGACAGCUGACCUCUGAUUGGAUACCACAGCACCUUCCUCAGGGUGUGUCUUUGGUGCUGAGUGUCACCUCCACUUCGGCCCUGCUGCAAGUCCUCGCCAAGAGGAAACGGGCCUUAUUGUUUCCUUUAGGACAGCUUUCUUUGCCGGACAGAAAGGAGAUAGUUCAGAAGGAACUUGGCAUUUACGGGAAGAAGCUUAGUGACUCAGCUUUCAAUAAUCAGCUUCAGACCCUUCUGAUGAAGAAGGGAGCAGUGAGUCCACUUUAUCUACACCUGGCCUGUGAGGACCUGAGGAACUUUGCCUCUUUUGAAAAGAUGAAGGAGAGCCUCCAGGCUCUUCCUCCGUCUCUGAGUGAGCUGGUGCAGCACAGCCUGAGCAGACUGCAGUCCCAGUACAGAGAAGUGGGACUGGGCUGGGCGUUGGCCYCCUUGACUGUCAGCAGCACCGGCCUGAGGGAGAGAGACCUAUAUGCCAUACUGAACAUGUGCAAUGGCCUGACCUCUGGAGGUGAGAAGGCAACAUGGCAGGAUAUGCUGCACUUGGCCAGAAAGCCCAUAAAGCGUGUCCCAAUGGCAACCUUCUCCCACAUGGUGCGGAGUCUACAGAGCCUGAUUGAUCCAUCCCACUGUUACGGCCCGGAUGACCUCCUGGCACUGACCAAUCCCGAGGUCAAGCUGGCCUUUAAAAAAGAGCUCCUCCUACCAGGAGAGGCUGACUGGACCAGGGCUCAUAUCCUGUUGGCAGCCCAUCUUUGGGUGCUGGCAGAUCCUCAGGGAACAUGUACAUUUCUUCACUGUGAGGCCAGUUCCAUCUUGAACCUGCCAUUCCACCUGAUGAGAAGUGGCCAGUGGGAGGCGCUGCAUUGCCUGCUCUCUAGUUAUAAUUUCCUGUUUGCCAACGUGCGCCAUGGCCUCCUGCACCACCUCCUGGAGACCUACAGCUUGUUUGGCAAGAGGUUUGAGUCGGAAGGUAUUGGUUCAUGGGACACUUUAGACCAGACCGGUCUGACAGAUUGUGUCGGGUUCCUGAAGCGCCAUGCUCCCAUCCUGUCCUCAUGGCCAGCCCUGUUUCUGCAGCAAGCUCUCAACGAGCCCAACCACACUGACGCCCAUGUAUGGGCACAAGGCAUGAUGGGGAAAGGGGUGCAUGUGAUGAGGUGGCUGAACAAUGAACAACAUACCCAGACGGAAACCAGUAAGCUGGUCUGCACCUUCUCCUCUGAGCCCACCUGUGUGGUUGUGAGUCCAGGGGGUGGGGUCAUGGCAGUAGGGACUGGACAGGGCACCCUCCACCUCGUCCACACCGAGACUGGACAGGAAGUGAGGUCACUGGUGAGCAGCUGUGACGGAAUCUCAGGAUGUGUCUUCCUGAGGGAGGGGCUUAUGGGAACUACUUCAUUUGAUGGACAGAUUGAAUUGUGGGAUGUUGAGAAUGGCUGCAGAACUGCCCUCAUCAAUGGCCACUCAAACAGAAUAACAGGAAGUGACAUCAGUGCAGACAGGAAGCACCUUGCAACUGUGUCUCUGGACUUAAGCCUUAAAGUGUGGUCAUCUCCAAAGGGCAGUCUGGUCACAGCCCUCUCCAGCACUAGCCCUCUGAACUGUGUGACCUUUGACCCCGAAGGUCAUCUUGUGGCAGCUGGGGGUUGGGAUGGGGCUGUGCGUCUCUGGAACUGGCUGAAGGGUGAAGUUACGACUCUCUCUGGUCAUCAGACGUCAGUACGCAGUCUGUCUUUCUCUCCCUCCUCUUCUCUGCUAUGCUCUGGCUGUCUGUCUGGAGAGGUGAGGAUGUGGUCAGUUCCAGCUUCUACCUGUGUGGGGCGCUACCAGGCUCACAGCGGAUCUACAGAGGUGCUCACCUUCCUGCUGGGAGGGACAGUACUUCUGAGUGCUGGAUCUGACCGCACGGUCCAGUUAUGGUCAGGUGGUCUGGGUCGCUCUGUGAAUGUAUUUGGAGAAUCCAAGGAGUCUGUUAUUCAGAAGGGAAAGAAGAUGUCAACCACGGAGCCCGCUGCUCUAUGUGUGGCUGUCGCUGGUGGUUAUGCUGCAGUGGGUUACCAUGGUGAUGGGUUGAAGCUCUUCAGUCUUGAAUCAGGUGAGAGGACAUGGGCUAGCAAGGACCUGCGGGUGUCUAUCCUCUGCCUGAUGUGGCUGGCUGCAGACGAACCUGAGCUGCUGGUGUCUGGGGGCGGGGACCAGCGGCUGAGGGUGUGGAGACAGGAGGAGGAGGAGAAGGCAGGCAUGGUGCUGCUGGGAUGUUUUGGGGUGCAACAAGGCCCCAUCCUGGCCCUGGCACAAAACUCCUCUUAUCUGGCCUCUGCCUCAGAUGACUGCUCCAUUGCUCUGUGGGCAGUGAAGGACUUGACCUCUGACCCCUGGGUUGACCCCAGUGUGAUCUCUGUCCUGAGAGGUCACAGUGGAGGGGUCACCUGCCUGGCCUUCAGUCUAACUGGGGAGGAGUUGCUGUCUGGUGGAAAAGAUCAGGUUCUAAUGGUGUGGAACGCCAGUUCCUCUCCUCCUACUCUCAUUCAGUCUCUACCACACUGCCAUGGAGACUGGAUAACUGGCUGUGUCUGGGGCCCAAACUGUGUGGUGAGCUGUUCCAGUGACUGCAAGAUCCGUAUGUGGGACCUACAGAAAGGUCGCAGUGUGAGAGAGAUCCUGGCGAGAUCCUCCCUCAGUGCAGUCUGCUGCCUGGGAGAAUUUGUGAUAGCAGGCUGUGCCGAGGGGGAGCUGCACGUGUGGAAAUGGGAUUCAGGGAUGGAAAUCAGCAGGAUCUCAGCUCACAGGUCACGCAUACACCACUGCUCUGUGAUACCUGACCCAGACAAGACCAAGGAGACUAAGCAGGAGGAUAUGGUGGUUGCUACGGCGUCUGAUGAUGGCACAGUGAAGCUGUGGCACCCCUUCCAGGUACAGCAUCACAGCACCUUGCAGGGCCACAGCGGAGGGAUACAUGGAGCAGUCUCAAAGCAGGAAGGAGUCCCGGCAUUCCUCACUGUGUCUCAAGAUCGGUCAUUGAGGUCUUGGAGCGUUGCUGCAGCAAUGGAGAGUCCUCUCAACCGGAGGGGCACUGUUACCGCUCUGUCCUUCUGCCAGAGUGGGGAUUUGCUACUGUCUGGCUAUGAGUCUGGCAGAGUGGAGCUAUGGAAACACAAUUCUGCAGUUGGCCACAAAAAGGUGUCUGACAGUAGUGUAACAGCGAUAUGCUCCAUGCCUGAUGACCAGUUUGCUGUGGGAUGCAGGCAACGCUCUGUGUCAGUGUGGAAGGUGGAGUGGAAUCCUCAGCACAACGCUGCAAGUCUGUUGAAGGUGUCCACAUACUCAGUGCCUACCCCAGUGAUGCACCUGUACUACUGCUCCAUCCUGCUGGGAACCUGUGAGGAUGGAAAUAUCAUCAAUGUCCUCGCUGACGCUGAUAGAGAGAUUGACAAUUGGAAGGAUAACACACACAUUCUUGGGAUGGUGGCCAAUGAUGAAAAAAGCACUUGGCUGGUGGGCGAAAAGAAAGGACAGAUUGUGCUUGGCUUCAUGUAUGCCAUGGGCCCAAAGACUGACCUGCAGUCAUCAUGUGGUAAAAUUGAGCUAGAAAUGGAGGAGACUUGUGGUGGAAAAGGUGGCUGGAUAACUGCUGUGACUGUGGAGAGAGAGUUGGUGGUGUGUGGAGAUUCCAAGGGGAAUAUGUGGUUCAACCAGCCACCAAAUACGAACUCCUGGAGCAGCAGGAAACCUGCACACAGUGACAGGAUCAGUGUUCUGAGACUCACCAACAGCACUAUCAUCUCGGCGUCCCAUGACAGAACGGUCAAAAUGUGGGACAGAAACACCAAGAAACAGGUGGGUGUGUUUGUGUGUGCGGGUCCUGUUCUGGUCUUGGAGGUGAACCCACACUGCUCCAGUGAACUGGUGUGUGGCGAUGCACUGGGCCAGCUCUACUUCCUCUCCUGGAGAGAAUAACCACCCAGUGUACACACAUACAUUGUAUACACGCACAGAGUCAUAAUUAACUUACUCUCACACAGAUAUACACUAUAUAUACAAAAGUAUGUGGACACCCCUUCAAAUUAGUGGAUUCGGCUAUUUCAGCCACACAUUUUACAUUGACAUUUUUGUCAUUUAGCAGAUGCACUUAUGCAGAGUGACUAAAGGUUAGUGCAUUCAUCUUAAGAUAGCUAGGUGGGACAACCACAUAUCACAGGCAUAGAAAGUAAAAAUGUUCCUCUAAUGAGCUGUCAGAGCUAGGGGGGCCAUGCAAUCUCCAUAGACAAACAUUGGCAAUAGAAUGGCCUUACUGAAGAGCUCAGUGACUUUCAACGUGGCA